AUGUCGCCCCCGCCGCACAGAAGGCGGGCGCAGGAGUGGCAGUUGGAGACGCCACCAAACUUGGCGAUCAAGGUGUCUACGCCUCGGAGGCCCUUGGGGAGCGCCUCUGCCAUAGAGCACGCCUACAGAGCCAACAGCGUGGCGGAGGUGGAGUGCGCCGUUGCCGACGACCCCGCCCUGGCCAUCGUGGACUGCCGGCUGACGGGAGAGCCCCCGCUAUUGCGGGCGCUCAGCCAUGCUUGCUCUCCAGGCGUGCUCGCGGCGCUCCUGCGGGCGGGCGCCGCGGUGGACGCCGUGGGCCGCGGCUCGCAGGUCACGCCGCUCGCGUUCGUGGCCCAGCCAGCGUUCCCCACCGUGCCGGAGUUCAGCGGGCCUCGUGGCAACCUACCUGCGCCUCCGGAGUUCGACGGUAACAUGGGGGAUCCAAAGAUAUUCAGACGCUACAAGGCGCAGGUCGAUAACUGGGUUUUGAUUGCGAAGAACAUCAUCGGCCCUGAGGGGAUGGCACUACGACUGCAUGCAGCGCUCAAGGACAAGGCUUUCGAUCACGAAGAGGACGAGAGCCCGACAGUUUUCGCAGUUCCGAACGGCGUGGAGCUCUUACUCGACAGGUUGGCCUAUUUCGAUCAGCGCCCAACGGUCAAGACAGGCGCCGCGAUGGACGAUUUCUUUCACAUGGAGCACGUCAAGCCAGGCGAGACAUUACUACAGCUCGCCACUCGAGUGGACAAGGCGGUGCUCCAGGCAAAGUCGGUCGAUCUGGACAUCCCAGAUCCGAUCAUCACCAGGCAGUUCAUGGAGAGUUCGCAGCUGGACCACGAGACACAGGCCACAUUAUUGAUGGCAGCAGGUUCGAAGUUCGAGUGGAAGCCGCUGAAGGAGCAAGCGGCCAUCUUGUUUCCUAUGCCGCUGGUGCCGCGUCACAGGUUUCAAGGAGAUCGCAAGUACCGACCUCAGUACAGCGCUCACGUUACGAACCAGCAGACGUACGAGAGGGAGGUCACCGAGCCCGACUACCAGCAAGAUCAUGAAGAUUGGCAGGUGACCGACGCAGAUCUCGCAUACGACGACUCGUACGACAUUAGCUGGGAGGAAGUUCCUGGCGACUCCUGGGACGAGCAGCUGCCCGAGGCGUUGGCCAGAGAGAUCCACGCAGCUCACGUCACGUUCAAGCAGGCUGACGAUCGUCUCAACCAGGCCAACAGAGCGCGAGGUUACUACCACACGAAGGGCGGCAAGGGCAAAGGCAAGCACGGCAAGGGCCACCGGCCGAACCGUUCCGGCAAGGGCAAGGGCAACGACGGAGGCGAGGCACGACGCGGCAUGUCGUUGGAGGACUUCAAGAAGGUGACGAACUGCUCGGCUUGUGGCGAGAUCGGCCAUUGGGCAGGUGACCGCCAGUGCCGAGCGCCAGCUUCGAAGAGGUUGCCGGGCCACGACGUCAAGGUGCUGUACAAGAAUACGGACGUCAAGAAGAUAGCGCUCAUCACGAAGGCGAAGUUCAACACGAAGAGCUUUCACAAGGAGCGCUCGAUCUACAUGAUGACGAUGGUGAAGGACGUUUUCAGCACGGUGAACAUCGACAGCGACGCCGACCUCCUGGUGCUCGACACUGCGUGCCAGACGACGACAACCGAGAUCAGCACGAAGUACAUCACUCCGAUCGAGCCGACCGAGAACACCACGACGUACAUUAUUCCUAUCGAGCCGAACGACAGCACCGAGAACUACGACACCGCAAGCCCGAACCCGAUCGAGCAGUACCUCCGCUACGUCGAAACGUACAAGGUGAUCGACAAUUUUCUCGGCAAACAGUUUCCAGCGAUGCAGAUCUUGUGUCAGGACAAGACCGUGGACAGCUUCAUUCCAGAUACCAGGGCGGGAUCACGGACGAGGAUGUCAUGCUACCCGGAUCCGAACAAGACGUGCUGCCAUCCAAUCAACGGAGAGCACGAGUACACAGUUCCAGCCGGGAAGGUCAAGGAGCGCCUCUAUUGCGGGACGGUCUGGAAGGGCGAGAAGUGCCAGAUCAGGCGCAAGGAUCGAUCGCAUUACUCCAUCGGCAAGCAGUGCAUGCGCGCCGCCUUCCUCGUCGGCUCAGCGCUCAUCCCCCUCGGCACGGCCUGGGCGCCCAACUACGACACGGAGAUCAGCGAGUGCACGAAGGAGGAGGUCACCAAGCGUGGAGGCGAUGGACGAGGAGCAGGACUCGAGCUGGGAGCGACCACCUCAUGCGGAAGCCAAUUGACGACAGGUCAGGCGAAGAGGUACUACGGCAUGGCCAAGUCCGCCUACAACAACUGGCAGCUCGAGAAGCGCGUCUACGAGAGCCGAAUGCAGAAGAGCCGUUUUCCACGACGCCAGCGACGCGGCUUCGACGUCUACGAGAUCUUCGCGGGCGAGUGCGGCAUCACCCUGCACGCCGCCGACCGCGCCAACGGCUGGGGCAUGCGAGCUGUACAACCGGUGGAGAAGCUGUUCGGUCAGGACUUGAAGAAGCAGAAGGCCAGGAAGGAAGUGCUCGAGACGAUCGACAAGUGGCAGCCGCGCUUGGUCAUCAUCCAGCUUCCGUGUACACUCUGGUCGCUGCUCAACCGCAACGUCAACUACAAGGAGAUGCCCGAGGUGCUGGAGGGCCUACGCGAUGAGGAGCGGUGCUUCAUCACCUUCACGAAGGACAUCUUCGACAAGCAGAAGGCCUACGGCAACCGCGCCCUGCUCGAGAAUCCAGCUACUGCCGACUCGUGGCGCGAGGAGGCAAUCGUCAAGCUCAGGAUGGACAACUACGAGUGCACCUCUAAUAUGUGCAUGUCCGGCAUGGUCGGCAACCAGGGCCUCCCCAUGAAGAAGCUGGUCCGCUGGUUGGGCACGCAUCCACUUCUCAUUCAAGAGCUCGACCGACACUGUGACCACCGGCAUCCACAUGAAGAAGUGCAAGGAGGCGGACCUAAUGGCAACACCAAGCUCUCACAGGUCUACACCUGGCAGCUAGCCGACGCCAUCUGCCGAGGUCUCACCAGGGUCAUCGAGAGCGAGGAGUUCGGACACGGCACCUAUUUGUGCAGCUACUACCCCGUCUCCUACGACUCCCCAGCUCCUACCGCGCACCACGUCUGCUAUUCGGCGCCCGACAUGGACGAGACGAAAUGGAAGAACAUCGUGCAAUCGGUCGUCGACGUCAUGAGUCGGAGGAACGCCCCCUCAGCUCAGGUGGCGCAGGACUCAGAGAUGCGGAAGCAGGUGUCCGAGUUGGUCCCCUGGCAGAUCUUGUACAUGCAGGCCGCCUUCCAGCCGAAGGGGCUUACGCACCACGAGAACGAUUUCAAGAUCCAGUACGAUACGGGUUGUUCAUUAUCGGACGUGCUCCAGUUGGCGAAGUACCAGCACCACCUCGACCACCAGUCGAAGGCGAAUCACGACAGCCAGUUCCAGUACCCGACGAACCACAGCCGGAUGAACUCCAGCCUCAGCCUGUCCAACAACGUGCCGAACUUGAGCCACCCGCUGCAGGCUGAUUUCACGAGGUUCCUGAACGCGAGCGAAGCGAGCCAGGCUCACGACGUCCACGUCGAGAAGCCCCCAGCUGAAGCUCACAGGCAGUCAGGGCGAGUCGAGGCGAACAUCACGCUCUGGAAGCACAUGGCCAAGAAGGUGAUUGACACGAUGCAGCUUGCCGGAGUCGAGGACAUGAAGCUGAUGGCACCUGCGAUCAACCAGUCUCGCAACUCUCGUGUUCGACAAUGCGGUGCUUCACCAUAUCAGUGGACUUUCGGGAAGGACCCGAGGAUCCCCGACAGCAUCACCGACCCAGCCAACUCUGCCGUCGCACACAGCGCAAUGACCGCAGAUGCCGAGCUUGCUAAACGAGCCCGGGUACGAGCCCUCGCAGACAUGGCUUUCACCGAGUACGACAGGUCCGAGUCUCUCAAGCGCGCGAUGCUUCGAGUUAACCGACCUUACCGAGGAGACUACACCGCUGGAGAUCGAGUGGCUUUCUGGCGUCAAGCGAAGAACAAGAAGGGCAAUCAAUACCCAGCAAGGUUCAUUGUGGCUACUGUGGUUGGUGCGACCUACGUUUGCUUCAACGGCACUGAGCAGAACUCUGUCAUUCCGAUUUACAUGUGGGAGCAGUACACUAUUCUCGAGUCGCCAGCCUACGAGGUCUACCUCAACAAGAACGGCAGCUUCACUAUGACCAAGAAGGACCAGAAGGCGCUCAUUCGUGAGAUCCCCCACUCACAGAUCCCUGCAGAUCAGAUACAUUUAUUGCAGGAAGCUCUGGCCCAUGAAUGGUCAUCUUGGCAACGUUUCUCAGCCGUGGAGGUCUUGGAUCUGAAGACGCCCAAGUCUAUCGAGAGCGACCCCGAGAAGAAGAAGCGCAUUAUUCCAUCUAGAGUCUGCUACCGCGACAAGAACGCCGGACGUGGAGUUUCCGAGAUCGACGCCAAGGCGAGGAUCGCGGGUAUCGGCUCCAACGACCCGGACAUCAUGACUCUCAGGCGUGACGCACCAACACUUGCAAUAGUUGGUUUCUACAUCUUGCUGCAGACGAUCUCGAGCUGGGACUUCAACUUGUUCGGAGGCGACGUUACCACAGCCUUCCUGCAAGCCGAUCAGACCAAGGCCCAGCGCGACAAGCCGAUCUACCUUAGACAACCUUCUGAAGGACUUCCAGGUGUUCAACGCGGUGCUCUUCUACUUGUGCGACGUGCUAUCUACGGUUUCGUCAAUAGCCCUCGCCUGUGGUGGCGAGAACUUCGUGACUUUCUCAUGCACAUCGGUGGCAAGCAGUGCCUGCUGGACAAGACCCUAUUCUGUUUCUACAACAAGGCAGGCCGCAUUAUCAUGAUUAUCGGCAUCCGCGUGGACGACCUCAUCGGAGGCGCAGAUGCUCGACAAGGCUCCAAGCUUUUGGAGACCAUCCGCCAGAGGUUCACUUUCGGCAAAUGGUGGGACAACAAGCUGACCUACUGCGGCAAGCACCUCAGUAAGAACGAGAACGGCACGAUUUUCAUCAACCAGAAGGAGCUCUGUGGUCAAUGCGUGCCGGCGCCACUGCCGCGAUGGAGAUCUGCGACGCCCGAGGCCGAGCUCACCGUCGAGGCAAUGGCAAUGGAUGCUGGUGUGGACACGGCUUACUUUCUGCGUCAUUUGUUCGCCGAGGUCUUGUUUCGGGACUUCAAGCCGGGCAUUUCAGGUAAGCUUCCGAGUUUCUUCAUGCCGACUAAGGUGGCAACGGAUUGCAAGUCUUUGUAUGACAUCGUAACUAAAGAAGGGACUCCAUCCACAACACUGGAGCGGCGUUUGAGUAUAGGCAUCGCUGCGGUAGCCCAUGUUGCCGAAGAGUUCGAUGACGAGAAUCCGAAGUCCACCGUGUUUUGGGUGCCGACAGAUAAGCAAGUUGCGAAUCAUUUGACCAAGGCGCAUUGCUGCGAGCACGCCGAGUGCCUCCUCGCCUUCGGGGCCGACCGCGGCAAGAGGGACGCCUGCGGCUGCACGGCCGCCGACCGCGCAGAGGCACGAGGGUGGCACCUCUUCGCGUCGCUCGUGCGGCACUGGGACGGCGUCGGCGCCAAGGCUCUCGUGAACCUGUGGCUGCGCGGCGUCCAGGCAGCCGAGCGCGGCCGCACCAGGGCUGCAACGACGGGCAGCCCCGGGCUCCAGGAGCUGCCAGGCACCGUCUGCCGCCUCGUGGUCGACAUGCUGGCCCCGGGACUCUACCGCUGGCGCGGGGCGCCGUGACGCACGGCGGCGGCCUCG